GUGCGGAUGCACCAUUCUCCAGACAUGAUGCCGUGGCUGACAUCGUAUGUGCUAGGGGUCGGCGCGUGCUUGACUCGAGUCUAAUGUCAUCAGAAAGCAAGGUAAAUGAGACAGUCGUGGGUAGUGUUUGUAAGGCAUUAGUAAGACCCGGGAAAUCGACAUCAACAAGCGCGGAAUGGAUUCGCAUUCGCAUCCUUGACUGCGUCCUUGUUGCCGCCUAGCCUUGUAGUACAUAAGGUGAAAAGGCAUUAUGAAAGGGCGGCAACACACCGACAUUUGCAGGGUGGACGUCUCAACUGCUACCUCCAAGCCCUGCAAUAUACCAUCUUCCAACGGUACUAUGUCUGACAUUGAAGGUAGCUGCCACUGCGGCGCGAUCACGUUGCGCAUCGUCGGUGGGUUCGGCGACGACGCCAAAUCCUUCAUCUGCCACUGCGAACCGUGCCAGGUGCUCUCCGGCAGUCUCUUCGCCUGCACAGCCUUCGUCGCAUCCAAGAAUUUGCAAGUCGUCCGGGGCACCCCGAAGCCAUACAAGCAGUCCAGGGAGACAAACUCUUCCGGCAUGCAGGUGACGCGGCACUUCUGCGGCGACUGCGGCACCCCGCUCUGGGGCGAAUCUGAGGUGGCGCCCAGCGGGAGCUUCGUCAGGACCGCGCUGUUCGGGAACACGUUGCCCCCCAAGGCGGAAGUCUUCUGGAAGAGGGCUCAUGAGUGGGAAAAGCCGAUGGUGCCUCCCGGGGCGCUGUUCGAAGCGGGACAUGGGCCUCUGACUGCUUGAACGGGAAUACCAUGGGACAGAUCGGUAUGACAUAGAUGCGCGCUCCAGUAUCGUUGAACAAGUCGAUGCGAGCAAUAGGAUGGUUGAAGUGAUCGACACUACGCAGCGCCCACUGGUGACAGUGGUGUGCUCUCU